CACAAGGUAAGUGAUCUAAAACGGAUGCAAAAUCUUUACAAUGAUGAACAACAUUGUGUCGCCCCUAUCUGAAAUUUGUGACGAUUGACACGGAAGCCAAACCCAAUAACUGAUACUUUUGAUUUUGCAUCUUUGCUCUUUAUCAUCUUCAUUAUAUUAACAUUUGCUAGAUAAUGCGGAACUAUGAAUAGGAAAUAAAAUCAUUACUGUUUUUACGCUAUACAAAUUGGAUUGCUAUAGGGAUUCAUAUGGACGUAGUAGUCAAUUGUGUUCAUUUAGAGCAUAUGUAAAAGAGAUGAAGAGCAAACCAUUAUAAGACUGUUUGAUGCUUGCUGAUGAUGUUUUCCAAAAUAUUCUAUGCUAAUCAUGAUUGAAUCUGAUUCAAUAUUGACUCACUGAAGCAAGCUAGAACUCGUUACAAAAUUUACAUUGAAGCUAGGACAAGCUUAAGGAUUAGAAGUCUGUGUUAAGAAAAAAUGAUCUUGUUAGUAAAAGUCUUAUAGUGAAUACAUGACGUUGGAGGAAAAGCGAUUUUUAGAUCUUUCACUUUGCAUUGUUUUUACCUUGCAAAACAGAAAAGUAACGUUACAGGUAGCAUAGAUCAGAUUUGUUGAUUUACUGAUAACAACGCAUAGUGUGAACUCGCUAUCAGCAAAUGGGAGAUAAAAGAAAAAUUACCAUGGUCAUCCAACUUGGGCGUAACCAAUACUCUGUUAAAAGCCAGGUUUGUUCAAACCAGCGCCAAAAUGUAUGCUUUACUUAGUGUUUACGAUAAAACGGGUCUGUUGGACCUUGCCAAGGCACUUGUGAGUAAGGGAAUUAAGUUGCUCGGUAGUGGUGGUACUGCUAGAAUGAUUCGUGAGGCCGGUAUGGAAGUCCAAGACGUCUCCUCCAUCACGAAUGCUCCCGAAAUUCUAGGUGGUCGUGUGAAGACUCUUCAUCCUGCUGUUCAUGGUGGAAUCCUUGGUCGUGACAUACCUUCUGAUGAAAAGGACCUUCUUGAACAACAUAUUGAGAAGAUUGACGUCGUUGUUUGUAACUUGUAUCCCUUCCGGGAAACUAUCGCUAAGCCUAAUGUCACCAUUCCUGAAGCAGUUGAGGAGAUUGACAUUGGUGGUGUCACCUUGUUACGUGCUGCUGCUAAGAACCAUGCUCGUGUCAGCAUUUUAACUGAUCCCAAAGACUAUCCUAUAUUUGCUGAGAAGUUGCUUACAAAUACAUUGACGCAAGAGGAUAGAAAUCAAUACGCUUUGAAGGCCUUUGCUUCUACCGCUUCCUAUGAUUCGGCCAUCACUGACUACUUCCGCAAGCAAUACUCUGUUGGUGUCAGCCAAAUGACUCUACGCUACGGUGCUAACCCUCACCAAUCUCCUGCUCAGGCUUUCAUGGAAAGUGGUCCCCUUCCCUUUAAGGUUCUUGGUGGCUCUCCCGGUUAUAUUAAUUUGCUUGAUGGUUUAAACUCAUGGCCGCUCGUUAAGGAGCUUCAUGAGAACCUUGAUCUUCCUGCUGCUGCUUCCUUCAAGCAUGUAUCUCCUGCCGGCGCUGCUGUUGGUAUUCCUUUAUCGGAUGUCGAAAAGAGUGUCUAUUUUGUCAGUGAUAUUGGUGAGUUGACUCCGUUGGCCUGUGCUUAUGCUAGAGCCCGUGGUGCUGAUCGUAUGUCUUCCUUCGGUGAUUUCAUUGCUCUCUCCGACAAGGUUGACGUGUGCACUGCUCGUAUUAUUUCCCGUGAGGUUUCUGACGGUGUCAUUGCUCCAGAUUUUGAGCCUGAAGCUUUGGAAAUAUUGAGGAAAAAGAAGGGUGGUAAAUAUUGUAUUUUACAAAUGGAUCCCAGUUAUGUUCCUGCUGAGAUUGAGACUCGUCAAGUCUAUGGUAUCAGUUUACAACAGCACCGUAAUCAUGCAAAGAUUGAUUAUUCACUUUUCGACAAAGUCGUUAGUAAGAACAAGGAUUUGCCCAAGUCUGCUCUUAUUGAUUUGGUUGUUGCUACUACCGCUUUGAAGUUUACUCAAAGCAACUCUGUCUGCUAUGCUAAAAAUGGUAUGGUCGUUGGUUUGGGUGCUGGUCAACAAUCUAGAAUUCAUUGCAACCGCUUGGCUGGUGACAAGGCGGAUAACUGGUGGUUCCGUCAUCAUCCUAAGGUUUUAGGCAUGCAAUUCAAGAAGACUGCCAAGCGUCCUGAGAAGUCUAAUGCCAUCGAUUUGUAUGUCUUGGGUGCCGUUCCUUCUGAAGGCAGUGAGCGUGAACAAUGGGAGUCUGUUUUUGAAUCCAUCCCUGAGCCUCUCACACCCCAAGAACGCCAAGAAUUCCUGGCUUCUCUCAAUGACGUCGUUUGCGCUAGCGACGCGUUCUUCCCUUUUCCCGAUAAUAUUUACAGACUCUCCCAAAGCGGUGUCAAGUACAUUGCUGCCCCUGGUGGAAGUGUUAUGGACAAGGCAGUUCAUGAUGCUGCUGAUGAAUUUGGCAUGGUCUACACUGAAAUUCCCUUGCGUCUUUUCCAUCAUUAGAUUUAGAUCUUAUUUUUAACUUUUAAUAUGUUUUGUAGUACGGCAUUUCUUAAAGAAAUUUUUGGUCACUAAAAUUAAUUGUGAAUGUAACGAUUCGAUAGAAAGAAAUAGUAAUGAAACGGGUUCUUAUGGA